AUGAGCUCUUCCUCCGCCGCCGCGCCUCUUGUUGUACGCUCCGGAGUGUGGGAUGGCUCCGAGGUUGACGACGACGACAUCGAGAUCCUCUGCCAGACACGGCGGCUGCCCGGCAGGGACUUAGUGCGGGUCCGCCUCACGCCGGAGGGAGAAAUAUCGCUGGCGCCUGAGGAGGACUUCUUCCCCGGCCACUCGCAGGCCGCCAUUCAAGCUAUUGGGGUCGACCGCGAGGAGCGAAGGGCGGAUGGCGCGGAGAUCACCGCUGAUGCCCCUCGGACCCUUGACGAGCAUAUUCUAAGCAUUGGGGCUCGCCUACGGCCAGCCCACCAGAUGUUAGCAACUGUAUGGAGGCAAACCUACAAAGGUGGUGUCUGGCGACCUUGCAUACACAAUCUGACAAACAGUUUGCCUGAAUCAAAUGGCUACAUAUAUGUGGAGGCAAAUGGUGGUUUGAAUCAACAAAGGACAUCGAUAUGCAAUGCGGUUGCUAUUGCUGGUUUUCUAAAUGCUACUCUUAUUAUCCCGAAUUUCCAUUUCCACAGCAUUUGGAAGGAUCCAAGCAAAUUCAGGGAUAUUUAUGAUGAAGAACACUUUGUAAAACGUCUACAGAAUGAUGUUCGAGUAGUUAACAAAGUGCCUGAUUUUAUAAUGGAGCGUUUUGGUCACAAUCUAAGCAAUGUAUUCAAUUUCAAGAUAAAGGCUUGGUCUUCUAGUAAAUACUACAAAGAUGUUGUUCUUCCGAAGUUAGUUGAAGAAAGAUUGAUCCGAAUUUCUCCUUUUGCAAACCGACUCUCAUUCGAUGCCCCACCUGUUGUUCAACGGUUGAGAUGCUUGGUGAAUUUUGAAGCUUUAAAAUUUUCAAACCCAAUUGCUACUCUAUCGGAGACUUUAAUUUCUCGAAUGAGAGAAAAAAGUGCUGAAAGCAAUGGGAAAUAUAUCGCAGUGCAUCUUCGUUUUGAGGAGGAUAUGGUUGCCUUCUCAUGUUGUGUAUAUGAUGGUGGUGACGAGGAGAAGAAGGAAAUGGAUGUGGCCAGAGAAAUAGGUUGGCGAGGGAAGUUUACAAAGAGAGGGAAGGUAAUAAGGCCAGGAGUUAUAAGAAUGAACGGGAAAUGUCCACUUACACCUUUGGAGGUUGGAUUAAUGCUUCGUGGGAUGGGUUUCAGCAAUAAGACUGCAAUUUAUUUGGCCUCUGGAAAGAUAUACAAAUCAGAGAAAACCAUGGCUCCUCUUCUUGAAAUGUUUCCUCUUCUACAGACAAAAGAAACACUAGCAUCAGAUGAGGAACUUGCUCCAUUUAAGAAUUACUCCUCAAGGAUGGCUGCACUAGACUAUAGUGUUUGCACAUAUAGUGAAGUUUUUGUGACCACACAAGGUGGAAAUUUCCCUCAUUUUCUGAUGGGACACAGAAGAUACUUGUAUGGUGGACAUUCAAAGACAAUUAAGCCAGACAAAAGAAGGCUGGCCAUACUCUUUGAUAAUCCACGUAUCGGAUGGAAGUCAUUGAAACGUCACUUGCUCAACAUGAGAGCACACAGUGAUGCCAAAGGGGUCGAGAUGAAAAGACCAAAUGAAUCGAUAUACACAUUUCCAUGUCCUGACUGCAUGUGCCGCUUGAACAAAACAACGCAUUCGAAACCCAUACUACACACUAGAUAGUAUCAGCAUCUCAGCAAACUAACGUAUUUCUCUGGCACGCGGUAUGAUUUGUUCAUUCUCCGUGUACUGUGCGGUGGCGAUUCAACCUCACCUGCAAGCAUACCUGACAGGGUGUUGUACAUCGAUUUAUGUAUAGCUUGUGCCAAACAGGGAUGCCUCUGAUUCCCUAGUCUUAGACCAUCUUGCUGCUAACCAUACAGCGAUUAGAUCUAACACAUACCAGUAGAUCCAUCUGACACCUAUAGAGCUCCUCUUAUGAAGUUCCAGACAGAUUAGUGCAGUAGUGCCCCCCUUGUACAUGGCUCAUUAGAAUUUCGUUGUCGUACACAAAUUUUGAUGGAAGGCAAACACUGUAAAUUUGUUAUCUAACUCUUUCCCCUCUUGCUCUAGAAAUGGGCAUUGUUUCAGACUUGUUUAGCGGGGUCUUAUCCCCCUCUGUUGUAACUUUGUUCUGGCACUUAACCAGUAUCUCAAUAUGGAGCAAACGUUGGAAAUUGCAUUGUGCUA